CCUUUUUUUAAAAUGACAUCCACAAAGGAACCUGUGUUCAUCAAAGAGGGAACUCUAAGAGAGGGACUUACUCAAGGAAUAUCGUUGCAUGGGUGGACAAUUACAAGUAAGAAGGCUUCAAUUUGUAGUUCUGCUGAAAUGGAAAAGAUUUCCAAAGAUUAUGGUUUACCACCACCAGAGAUGGUUUUCGGAAACAAUCAUGUAACGGUGGAAAAGGACUCUUUUAAAUUAUCUUUUGGAGCGUAUGAUGCAUUAAGUCAAGUGGAUACAAGCUCUACUAGUAGUGAGAAAAUCAAGGUUGCUUAUUCAGAAGAGUGGACUAGAAAGAGCUCUGCAAAUCAUACAGAUGUUAAGGACGUGGUAAAACCAUAUGAUUGGACAUAUACAACGAAAUAUAGAGGAACCUCCAAUGCUGAACUUGAACAACAUGAUGGUCAAUCAUUGGUCGAUGUAAAUAGAUUAAGACAACAGGAACCAAUUUUGUUCUACGAUGAAAAUAUAUUGUAUGAAGAUGAAUUGGCAGACAAUGGAACUGCUAUGCUGAUGAUACGUUUGAGAGUAAUGCCAACUUGUUUUCUAGUUUUACAAAGAUUCUUUCUAAGAGUGGAUGAUGUAUUAUUUAGAUUAAAUGAUACAAGAUUAUAUCAUGAGUUUGGGAAUGAUUAUUUCGUACGUGAAUAUACAUCGAAGGAGGCGCAUUAUAAUGUUAUCAGACAGAAAUUGGGCAGAGGUGAUAUAUCGUUGCUAAAUGAUCAAAAUUGGGUAUCUUCCGUUAUGCCAGAUGAACCUACAGAAUCCAUCAAGGAAAAAUUAAAAAUCUAAUAAAAUAAUAUGAUGCUAUCUAUAUAUCUCUAACCCUGAUCAAUGGAUAAGUGU